AUGCGGCUUAUCAACACAACAACCUUUGAAUUCAAGGAAUUUUUCAGCGGAAUCCCACCCUACGCCAUUCUUUCUCACACCUGGGGCACGGAAGAUGGCAGCGAAGUCACGUUCAGGCAGUGGCUGGAGCGCAACGCGAGCCCCAUCACCUCCGCAGGCCUUGCCAAGAUCCUGAAGAGCUGCGAGAUUGCCGCCGCCGAAGGCCUCCAGUACGUCUGGGUCGACACGUGCUGCAUCGACAAAUCCAGUAGCGCCGAGCUUACGGAGGCCAUCAACUCCAUGUUCAUGUGGUAUCAUCGCGCCCACGUCUGCUACGUGUACCUCGAAGACUUAUCAUCCUUUCCCGCGGCAUACGACGGCCAGAUUGACACGUGGAAACGCUGUCGCUGGUUCACGCGAGGAUGGACGCUGCAAGAGCUCAUCGCCCCCAAAGAUGUCCGGUUCUACGACAACGCCUGGCGCACCAUCGGGACCAAGCUACGACUCAGACGUCAGCUGGAAGAUGUCACCAGCAUCGACUCCCGUGUUCUGGACGGUCGCACACCGCUGGGGGUCAUUUGCGUUGCGGAGAAGAUGUCGUGGGCAGCCCGCCGGACGACGACGCGUAAGGAGGACGUGGCCUACUGUCUUCUCGGGCUCUUCGGCGUCAACAUGCCGCUCCUGUACGGCGAGGAAGACAACGCGUUUCUGCGGUUGCAGGAGCAUAUUAUCCAAAAGACGAAUGAUCUCAGCAUUUUUACUUGGUCUCCUUCGUGCCCGGUCGCUCGUCGCGAGGUCGACGUCGCGCGGGGCUGUCUCGCCGAGAGCCCCGCGGACUUUGCUUCCUGCAACUCCAUGUCAAGGAGGGACACGUUUGGGAUGAUGGAGCCCGAAUUUGUCAUGACCAACAAGGGUAUCCGGCUAGAGACGUCCAGGGACUUGGUCUACACAACAGUCUCGCCCGUGGCUGGCGAAACCCGCACAUCGUACAUCUUGCGUCUUGGCUGCUACUCUGGCCUGCAGAACGCCGUCGAGAUUGUGGUUCCGCUGCAGAAAUGGGGCCGCGACAUCUUCGCCAGAGAUCCGUCUCGUCCCAACACGUUCAACAAAGUCGACUAUGUGGAGAAGCCUGCCUUUGAAAAAAGACAGACCAUCUACCUGAUUGUAUCCUUGCCAGCCUUUACCUCCAUACGCCAGAGCCAGACCCUCCUUCCAUUGUUCCAACGAGCUGCCUCCUGCAUGGCAGUGCUGCACAUCGAGCCCAUCGCGUGCCCAGGCGUCAUGGCGUACGUCUACAACAGGUGGCCCUCUAAUCACUUUGACGCCGAGCGGAAUCUUUUCAUGGCGCCCGUGGGCAUGCUCGGAAAGCAGUGGACGGCGUGCCGUUUUCAUGUGUCGCCCGCGGACUUCAGCGACGCUGGAUCGCUGGGUGAUGAGUACGUCAGGCUUCCCGCGGUGUUCUAUCUCGUGGUUAUCUGGAGCAUUCGGUCUUCGCCUACAAACGAUGAGGACUUUUCCUACCUUCUCCUCGAGCGUCCAGCGUGGGAACAAGAUUUCGAGACCGAUGCCAUUUCUGAACUCCUGACCGAAGUGGCAGACAAUUUCAAAAGCUCAUACAACUUGCAGAAGGCCCUCGCUAUACACACUGACGCAGGGAGAGACUGGAAUAGGCCAUUAACUAUCGUGAGAACCGUCGGCAGACGAACGCAGCCUCUAUCAAUAGAUUGUUCCAGGCGAGUCGAAUACGACUCUAGGGUCUGUCUAGGGCCCAUUUGGCGUGUAAGCAUCAACUUUGAAGCAGAGGAAAGUCACUAG